AAAGUAAAGAUGGCGGCCUGGCAGAGGUUUUGUGUACUUAUAGUGCUGAUUUUGUUCGCUGCUACCACUGUUAUUACGGCGAAAAUUACCGACCUUCUUUCAUCACACACGUCGAUACUAUCUAGUCCUUCGAUGAGCCAGCAAAGAAGAUUGUUGCAGCCUGUUAAAUCGAAAAAACGUGAUAUCCGGAACUUGUUUCGCAGAGAGGCACCACAGUGCGGGGAUCCACCCAUUGAAAUUACGAACCUCCAAAACGGCAAAAAUCAUUUUGAGUUUACCAAUGAAUCAAAUUACAACAUUGCGUUGACCUGGGCUGGUGUUGAUAAUGAGGCAAUAAUAAUGCUAACAACUUUUGAACUUGGUAUGUUUGUUGGUGCAUCGCAUCUUUGGAGGAGUUCAAAUCAUGGAAAAACUUUUGAACGCAUUUCAGAUAAAAUAAAUCAUGCAUAUGUCAGAAGUAACAAUGGUGUUUUUAAAAGUCCUGUCAAACCAAAUAUGUCAACUCUUUGGAUGUCAACAAAUUUUGGAUUAGGCUGGCAAUCACUGGGAGACGGAGUAGAAGAAUUUAAAUGGGGUACGGCUAUAAGGGAUGAAGAAGUUGUCUAUUUCACACAAAAAGAAGAUGCAUCUGUUACUACAUAUAAUUUGGUGAAAUGCAGUCAAUUAGGGAAAAAGAAAGAAGUAAUUGCCCAAGAUGUAUUCACUUUUGGAGUUGAAGGAAAAUUCCUAUUUGCAUCUAUUGAAGUUGAAAAGGGAACCGAAGAUCGUUUGAUGCACGUAUCACUAGACAGUGGUCAGACCUGGAAUGAAGCACAAAUACCAGCUAUAUCAAAAGAUAGGUUUUACUCCAUUUUAGACAUGUCAGAAGGCAUGGUGUUUUUACAUGUGGAUAAUCCUGAUGACACUGGCCAUGGUAUAAUUUUCACAUCCGAUGGUGAUGGUAUUGUUUUUUCACAGUCAUUAGAGAGACAUCUGUAUCCCAAUCAUGACUCUGUGACUGACUUCUACAAAGUGGAAUCGUUACGUGGUGUGUAUCUCGCAAGUCAAAUUAAUAGCGACUCCAGUAUUCGUUCAAUGAUUACCUUUGACCGAGGAGGAGUCUGGCAAACAAUUCAGAAACCAAGUGGUAUGGCAUGUCCUAGUGGUAGUUCGGAAUGUACAUUGAAUAUUCAUUAUCAAUUCAGUCAAAGCAAAGGAAUCAAUGUGCCUUCAGGACCAUUGAGUGCACCAAAUGCUGUUGGUAUUAUUUUAGCACAUGGUACAUUGAGAGUAUCGUUGUGGGGAUUUGGUGUUGAUGACAGACAAUGGAGAGUGGUUGUUAUAGAUUUCACUGAAUUACUUACUCAGCAAUGUAUUGAACAUGAUUACGUGGAAUGGACGGCACAUGAAUUCAAUGAAAACAAUGGCUGUCUACUGGGCAAAAAAGAAGUUUAUAGACGCCUAAAAAAAUCAUCAUUUUGUCGAAAUGGUUAUGGUUAUGAAAUUAAACAAGCUUCUUCGAAGUGUACUUGUACUAAAGAUGACUAUGAGUGCGAUUAUGGUUUUUUCCGUAAUACUAAUCAAGAGGAGUGUGAAGAAAAUCCUUCAUUAAAAGGAAAAACUUUAGAAGUGUGUAUAGAGGGAGAAGAAGAAGAUCUUGUUACAACAGGAUAUCGUUUGAUACCAGGUGAUGAGUGUAAAGAUGGAUAUGAACCUCCAAGAAAGUUAACAGAUGCAAAAAAAAAAUGCCAAGAAGUUGCUAAAGCAGCGGCGCCAAAAGAACUUAGUUCACAUCCGCACAGGGGUGGCCAUACUGCUGGUAUUGUUAUCGGUCUCUUAUUGCUUAUUGUAAUUGUAAUUGCAGCUGCUGCUUUAUUUGUACUUCGAAAAAAUAAAUAUUUCAGGCACAACAAAAAAGCUGUGUACAGGUAUUCCACACUGAACCAGGUUGAUGAAUUAGAUAAUGAGAUUGACCUAUUAUCUAACGGAGCUAACACAACGAUAUCCUAUCAUGAUGAUUCAGAUGAAGAUAUGUUAGAAUGAUCGGAAAUCAAAUAAGUGGGAAUAUCUACACAGAAAUGAACACACACAGCCGUACAAGUUAGUGAUCACACCAAGGCUCUCAAAACACUGGUAUUCAUUCAUAGUUUGUAAAUUUAAAAAAAUACAUUAUUUAAGUGUUGGAUUUGUGGUACUCAUCAUUACAAAUUGUCAAUGAUUAAAUUUAUUAAUUAUUUGAAUAUUGUUGUACAGGUUUAAUCUUUCUUCAUUGCAAUUUUGUCACUUUUUUCAAAUUAAUUUUCUAUGGGUUCCAUAUCACAAACAGGGCAUGGCGUGACGAUCACCUCCUAAAGCUGUGUAUUUAAAUUGUUGUCCAGUGUGUAGCUUCUUUUAGCCGUAAUGAUUACAGUUACAUUGAAAUAAAAUAGCUUUAUUAUUUUAAAGAGAUAUCAGUGCAUUUGAAGAAAUGAUUACUUUGUUGAAAUCAAUCACAAAACAUGCUUACGCAGUAUAUAUGGGGUUUAUUUUUUAUUUCACUGUCAUAAUGCCUCCCUGUGUAGACAUUUUCUACUUUAAUUAUUCUGAACAGACAGGAAUACAAAACUUGUUUACAGUUUGAGAUAAAGUGCGAUGCAUGUGUAUAUUUUACUUUAUUUUGUCCUCAGUUGUACAUUUGUUGGUUUUAAGUUUUCUACUGUAAGGUAAUAGUAUAUUUACAACUGUGCUAUCUGGGUAUUUCUGAUAUUUAUGAUACUCAAGGUAUAAUGUGAGGGGAGGGGAUGGGAAGGGUAGGGUAGGGGAUACUUUUUUAAUACAUACUUUUUCUUUCUUUUUUUUAUUUAUUAUUGAAAAAACACCUGCUGUGUAACGACUUGUCUUCCAAAUAACUUUAGCCAACAGUUUUAAAAAAAGGUUAACUGCAGGAAAAUGGGGGACUCUUAAAUGUAUAUAUUCUUGGUUGAGGAGGCACCCUUAAGACUUAUUUACAUAAUGUAUGUUGAAUGAAGAUCAAUGUUUUCUAUUUAGGUGCCUUUUUACAUAUACCUAGGUGGCCUUGGCUCAUACAUCUCAGUUUUAUGUAGAAAACUUUACAUUGUAAUAAGCAAUAUUCAGUAACGGGAUAACAUUUGUAUGACCUGUUUUUUUUUCUGAACUUUUGGUAAACUACUGUACAAUCAACACUGUGAUUGUAAUUGAACUUAAUUUAAUUUGAUUUAUAAUAAUAAAUCAAUCUAAUUAAGGUUAAAGGGAGAAAUAAAUUUCUAUAAAUUCUA